AUGAAGACACUUGGGACGCCAUCCACGCAAGAAGCCCCGCCCUCUGGGGAAACCUUGCAGGGCUCCAGGUACUUCACCAGCGCCGGAUUCCAGUCCGCGAGCAAUCUGUCCCUUUCUUUCGUCCGGACAGGUAACAGCAUCAUAGAAUACACACGAAACGCGACGGAUGCACCCAACAUCACUGGUUACGAGGUAUCAUACGAUUCAGGCAGAGCAUCGCCCAUCCCUACGAACUUCAUCGCAACCCCACCCCUACAAUACAGAGAAUGGUACGUGAGAGCGGUCGCGCAGCAGGACAGAGCGAUCGUCACGCCCUUGCUGAGCGUGCUGGGCUAUCCCACCGUCAUCGUCAGCUACGCGAUUUCCGACAGUACGGAUACGCUGAGAGGAGCGGUCAACUUGGGUCUGGACGUCAGCUUCGUCCUGUCGACCCUGGCGAGCAGGAAUCGCACGGAUUUCUCCACAACGUACGUGACAAUACGUCAGAGUGGCGAUCUGCUCCCCCUGACGCAGAGCCCUAACUUCACGCAAUUCGUGAACGCCUACAACUCGACCGACCCCUUUGUCUCCGAAAGCGCCCGCAAGCUCGGAAACGCACUCUAUGACGAGAAGGAUUACAACCUGCAGAUACGCCUGCGGGGUCGCAGGUAUUUCGUGGGAGUGAAGAAGCUUCUGAACAACGUCGAUCUUACGAUGGUAGUCCUCAUGCCGAGGGACUACUUCUUCGCUCGGGUGGACCACGACAGGACCGUGACCAUCGGGGUCUUCUGCGCGGCCAUGGCCCUCUGGGCUGUGUUCGCGCUGGUAGUCAGUAUUGCCUUCUUCAGGUUGCGGAAGCGGGAGCGGAUCCUACGGGCCGCCGCCAAACACGAGGAAGAACAGCAUAAGCUCAAGCAGAUUCUGUUGACCAGGCUGAGCCACGAGUUGCGGACGCCGAUGACCGUAGUCAUGGGUUUGCUGGAAGAGCUCCAGAACGAUUGUAAACAAGAGGACCUCAUGGAGAACGUGAACCUGUUGAAGAAGACGAGCAUCGAUAUGUUGCACCUUUUAGACGGAAUUCUCGUCCUCGCGAAGAACGAAGCCGGAAAGACAAACGUGGAGAAGCAACUGUUCGACCUGAAGGCCGAGCUGAAGGCCGCUUUAGCAGCCAUAGCCCCUCUCCUAACACCCCAAGGAGUGACCACGAGCCUCAAGUACGAUGAGCACAUGGCAAAGGAAUUCGUGGGUGACCGCCGCGUGUUGCGGCAGAUCCUGGACAACCUCCUAAACAAUGCGGCAAAGUUCACGGACCACGGGCGUAUCGAGAUCGAGGUCGCGGGGAAUCCAGUGAAAACGGACGAUAGACUAUUGGGCGGGGACAUCACCGUGGAUUCCUCGUCGAGCCAGGGUACCUGCUUCCGAUUUUCAGUGUCACUUGGCGUCCCAUCCGCGUCCAUCAGGAGGUCCGAGGUGGUGAGCGAGACCAUGAAGAACGACGACUCUCCGUUGGAAGGCAUCCGCGUGUUGGUGGCGGAGGAUACACGACUCAUUAGUAAAAUCCUGGAGCGCUUCCUGCUAAAAGAGGGGGCUAGAGCCACGAUGUCGGAAGACGGAAAGGCGGCUCUGGACAUCUAUUGCGAGCGGCCGUUUGACUACGACAUCAUCCUCAUGGAUUUGCAGAUGCCUCGUUUGGAUGGUUACGAGGCUACAAGGCAGAUCCGUAAGCUGGAAACGGACGGUGCCCUCCCGGGGCGGGUCCCCAUCGUUGCGUUGACCGCCCACGCCAUGGAGAACGAUGCGAUCAAGUGCCGUGAGGUGGGAAUGAAUGAUUACAUCCGGAAGCCGAUUUCCCGCGAGACCAUGUUGUCCACUAUCCUCAGCCUCGCCCGAUCUAAGCGGCUCAGCAGUUCGCGUUCGAAUAUUUUGAAUCCUUGA